GUGAAACUUGAUGAUUGAAAUCAAUUCGAAACUCAAUCAACAAUUGAUCACGAGUCUUUCGAAGUGAAUAAAACUUUUAGUGAAUUAUUUUUUACUUACAGGAAAAACAAAAUGAAACUAUUUGCACUCAUCGCAGCUGUCCUGGUGACAGUCAAUGCUUCUACUGACAAGGACCAAUGGGUGGCUUUCAAGCAAACCCAUGGCAAAACUUACAAGAGUCUGUUGGAAGAAAGAACUAGAUUCGGGAUAUUUCAGAACAAUCUGCGAACAAUCGAAAAACACAACGCCAAAUACGAAAAGGGCGAAGAAACCUAUUACAUGGGAGUUAACCGGUUUGCUGACAUGACAGUAGAAGAAUUCAAGCAUAUGCUUGGACUGCAGGCUGAAGCGAGACCAAAUUUGAAUGCCACCCUUCACGUCUUUCCUGAAGAAUUGGAAGCUCCAAAAUUUGUAGAUUGGACACAGGAGGGAGCAGAUUUGGGUGUGAAAGACCAAGGACAUUGUGGAUCUUGCUGGGCUUUCAGUGUCAUCGGGUCAUUGGAAGGUCAGAACGCUAUCCAGCAUAAAGUGAAGAUCCCUCUGAGCGAAAAACAACUGCUCGACUGUUCCGAAAGUUACGGAAACCGUAAUUGUGAAGAAGGUGGAUUUAUAACGAAUGCUUUCAACUAUAUCAAAGAUAAGGGAAUAGAAUCUGACAGUUCCUAUCCUUAUUUCGACAGAAAGGCUACCUGCAAGUAUGAUGCCAGCAAAACUAUUCUCAAAAUAAAAGGAUUCAAAGAAUUGCGCGCGUCUGAAAUGCAGCUGAAGAAAGCCGUAGGUACGUGACUCCAAUGAUUCUGUGACGUUGAAGACAAAAAGUUCAAGCAAAUUGUCUUUUCUAUCAAUCUCCUCGAUUUGAAAAAGGGGAGAUAUAUAACCAAGUAGUAAACGAAAAGUUUCAUAAUUCGGGUUCCUUUAAAGCUGAAUCUUUGCCUGGUUUGAUACAUUGGCGCGUCCAAGUUGUUGAACAAUACUCUAUUUUUAAAGAGAAGGCAGAUUCUCUCAUAUAUAAAUAAGGAGACCACAGUUAGGAUUCUGUUAGAGGCAAAAAGGGCCGACAAGAGUCCCUAGGCUUAGCUUUGCAUAUGCAUCGUAUUGCACGUUUUUGUAAUACUGAUUGAAGGCAUGUGGUAGAACACACCCCAAAAGCAAAUACCAUAACGAAGAUGGGAUUCAAAAAGGGAAUGAUAAACCAUUUUAGCUUCUGCAGAUCCGAGCUCAAAUGCAGUUACUCGUACUGCAUAACAUCCAGAGGAGAGCUUCGAUUUUAAAGUAGCUACAUGUUUGUUGAAUUUUAAAUUAUCGUCAAUGAACAAGCCAAGGAAUUUGGAAGUUGGUAUGUUGUCAAUUUGAAUAUUAUUUAGAUGUACGGCUGGAAUCUGGCAACGAUAGGACACUACUUUUGUUUUUGAUAAAUUCAAACUCAAGAGAGUUGAGUCAAACCAGUCCUUCACUUUCGUGGUGUCAUUCUCAAUAACGUCAUACAUAAAGAUGAUAGGUCUUUAAUGUAAAUUAAGAAUGAAAGUGGGCCCAGUAUCUAACCUUGUGGGACGCCGCAAGUAAUUUUACCUUCAUUUGAGUAUGAAGUGGUUUUGACCAUCUGGGUGCGAUCUGCUAAGUAUGACACAAACCACUUAAGACUUAUUCCAGUUAAACCGUAUCUACUUAGAUUCCGUAAAAAAAAAAAUAUGAUUCACACAAUCAAAUGCUUUGGCUAUAUCACAGAAGACCGCAGCCACUGUUUCUUUGUCAUUUAUGUUGAAAUAAACAUUGUAAAGAAAUGAAGAUAUGGCAUCGGAAGUGGUUUUUUUUGCUUUUGGAAACCAAACUGGCAAUCACUUAUUAUUUUGUUUUCAUUCAGAAAGCAAAGGAGUCUUGUUUUGACUAAUGUAACGAAUAAGAACAUUUAUUCUAGUAGUAAUUAUAAUAAGUUAGCAUAAGGAUGAUAAACCAAUUUUUUUUUAUUCUAAUGUUUCCAAACAUAUUUUGAGUUAUUCACCAAUCCAGAUCAAUGAGUGUUGUUAUUAUCAAUCAUAUACUACUGUGGUCUGGAUAGUUUUUGACAUAACAAAGACAUAAUCUUCUUUUGACUAUACACACUUCUCCCAGCGUUGCUCUUAUCUCUGUAACCUGUCCAAAUAGUUCUGAGCGCUUUUCUCCGCAAACUAAUUGUUCACGAAAGGGAUUGCCUCUUCGUUUGACAGAGAAAUUUCUGUUCUUUGGGCGCAAUUUCUAGAUGAGGACAGAAAAAGAAGUCGCUUGGGGCUAGAUCCGGGGAGUAAGGAGGAUGGUCAAGCAGCUCAAACCGUAAUUCGUGGAUAGUUUGCUCGUGUGAUGGUUCUGUAUGAAAUCGAUUGGAACAACUUCAUAACUAUCACAAAAACGGCCCCAAUCACUCUGCCAGCGGAAAAAAAUUCAGUCCACUGUUUGGACUGUAUUUUUGUUUCAGGCAUAUAAUUGUGUAUUCGAAUUUCAUCUAUAAUAAUUAUACGGCGAGAAACUCGGACUUUUCGCACCUAAACUGCGUCAAUAGAGCGUGGAAAAUGUUCAUUCGAACACGUUUUUGAUCUAACGUAAGCAAACGCGGUAUUCAAUACGCGGACAGCUUUCUCAUACCUGAAUGUUGAUUUCAUUUGUGACAAACACGUUCUUUUGACAUUUUAACAAUCUUUCCCACUUUAAUUCGGCGUUGUCUAAUACUAUUUGGUGAAUUUAGCCGAUGUUAUCGUCAGUAGUUGUAGGUUUUGGAAUUCCCGAACGUUUAUCUUCUCCCAAGCUACAACGGUCACGUUUCAAUUCAGAUGCCCAAAAUUUCACUGUGGUGUGGUGAAUGUCGGUGCUCAUCUAACUCGUCUUUCAUUUGCAUAGGCGUAUUCCCUUUCAAAAACAAUUAUUCAAUGACAGCACGUCGAUUUUGUCCAUUUUCAUUAAAACAAUCACAUCAAUUUACUCAAAAGUGGCUAAAACUGUCAACAGUGCUGCCAUCUUCAUGUUGAGGUCAGAAACUUCCCAGACCAUGAUCUUCAACGACGCUAUUUGGUAUGAACAACAAAAGAGUCGAAUAUUUCUUUCAAAUCUUGGAGUUGGAAAUAUUCUCCAAAAUAUUAUUUAUACAAGGUUUUUUCUGAUGGAAUUUCUAUAAUGUUAUAUUCAUGAUAAAGGUUCAUGAUAAUAAAGAAAUUGUGCAUACGAA